UGUAAUGCAGAAACAGAUGAGACAAUAUCAGUGAUGGAAGGAGAUCCUGUAAUUCUACAUACUAAUCUUUCUGAAAUACUGAACGAUGAUACAAUACUCUGGGGGUUUGGACCUAAAGAAUCGGUCAUAUCUCAGAUAGCGAGAAAGAACGACUUAACCUCAGUUUUUGCCACCGAUGAAGUGAGUUUCGCAGGCAGAUUGCAGGUGGACCACAAAACUGGCUCUCUCACCAUCAGAAACACCAGAAACAGACACUCGGGACAAUAUAAACUAACAAUCUCUAGAGAAAAGACCACAUCCAGGAUAUUUCAUGUGGAUGUCUUUGAUGUGGUUGUUGAGACGGAUGGAGUGAAGUCAGUGUCAGUGACAGAAGGGGAAUCUGUCAUUCUACAGAAUGAUGCUACUGAAUUACAGAAAGAUGAUCUGAUUGUAUGGAGGUUUGGAGAUAAAGGCAUCCUCCUAGCUAAAAUCGAUGUAGAAACUAACAAGCUCUCAUUAAAUCAUGCUGAUGAACGAUUCAGAAACAGACUACAACUAGAACAAAAUGGAUCUCUGACCAUCACAAACGCCAGACCCGAACACACUGGACUUUAUGAAGUACAGAUCAGAGGCCGCGAGAGCUCACAGCGGUUCCUUGUUUCUGUCAGUGCUGAUGUGGGUUGGUCAUCAACUGUCAUAGCUGGAAUAGUUCUUGCUGUUCUACUGUUGGCUGGACUUUUAGCUGCUGUUGUGAUUUACUAUCGCCGCAGGAUCUCUGAACUAGAAAAACAAGUGGCUGAAGAAGAGAAAGUGGAAGGAAUGGAAGGAAGAACUGUCGUUCUAAAGACUGGUACUACACUACAGAACGGUGAUGAGAUAAAGUGGUGGUUUGGAGAUGACAAAAAUCCCCCCAUAACCCAAAACAGUGAAUGGAUCAGUACAGACGCCGAUACAAGCUGUGAUGUUUCUGACGAGAGAUUCAGAAACAAAGUGCAGCUGGGUGGUGGGACUGGAGAUCUCAUUAUCAGUUAUAUCAGGACCAUUCACUCUGGAGUCUACAAAGUACAGAUCAGCGGCAAAACCAGAAUCAAAAACAAGAGAUUCAUUGUUACUGUCAAUGUGGGGAUAGUGUCAGUGAAGGUUGGACAAUCUGUCACUCUAGAGACCAAUAUUGAAAUACAGGAAGGAGAUCUGAUACUGUGGACCUUUGGAGUUAAAAACGGUCUCAUUGUUAAAGCCGAAUCAGGAGCAACUAGUGUAUUAGUGAGAGCUUCAGAGGCAGACUGCAGCUGAAGGAUCUGCUGCUCAAUGG